CCAACAGAACACAAGAGAAAGCAAGAAUUCUGAACCCCAUAUCCACACAAAAAAAUGGCAAAACGUAAACUUAAUUUAGUACCGUCUUCAUUUACAAAACUGUUUGUUUUGCUACUCUCUCUCGAGUUUGCGAUGGCGGGCACAACAAUCAAAUUUCUUCCAGGCUUUCAGGGACCACUCCCUUUUGAAUUUGAGACAGGAUACAUAGGAGUUGGUGAAUCAGAGGAAGUGCAACUUUUCUACUACUUUGUAAAAUCAGAAUCAAAUCCUAAGCUGGAUCCUCUUAUACUUUGGAUGACUGGAGGCCCUGGUUGCUCAUCAUUCACUGCAUUAGCCUAUGAAUUCGGACCAAUAAUGUUUGAAGAUGUGGAGGAAUCUGGCCGCUUACCGAGAUUGGUUCUGAAUCCGAAUUCAUGGACAGAAGUUGCGAGCUUUAUUUUUCUGGAUACGCCUGCUGGGACUGGAUUUUCCUAUGCUACGAAUCCUGAAGCUCUUAAAUCAAAUACAAUGUCAGCAUGCAAUGAAGUUCAUGAAUUCAUCAGAAAGUUCUUGAUUCAGCAUCCGGAGUUCAUCUCGAAUCCUUUCUAUGUUGGUGGAGACUCCUUUUCUGGACUCAUUGUUCCAAUUGUUACCGAACUAAUAUCCAAGGGUAAUGAAAAUGGAGCACAACCACCGAUUGAUCUGAAGGGUUACUUACUUGGCAACCCGGUUACAGUUCCAACUGACAACAAUUAUCAAGUUCCAUUUGUUCAUGGAAUGGGGAUUCUUUCUGACGAACUCUAUGAGUCACUGAAAACGAAUUGUAAGGAAAAUUAUCAAGAUAUAGAUCCCAGCAACUUACAGUGCGCAGAUGAUCUGAAGGCUUUUUAUCCGUUACUUCGUCAUCUUUCAAUUGCAAACAUUUUGGAACCGUCAUGUCCCUCGCCAAUGUCAAAAGACAUGAACUCUGACGGAUCUCUUGAAAAAGGAUUUCUAGAGCUGAAGAGGCCGAAAAAGAUGUGGUGCCGAGAUGAGGGAUACUAUUUUUCUCAUACAUGGUCAAAUGCGGAUGCUGUUCGGGAUGCCCUCCAGAUUCGGAAGGUACUUUCAAUGCCGUUCACCACGACAGUCCGGGAUUGUGUACCAUAUCAUGCAAACCUAAGCAAAAAGGGGUAUAGAUCUCUAAUUUACAGGUUUGAAGUAGAUUCUAUAUUUCUCACAGUUAAUUCUACAUCCGUAUUUGGUGACCAUGAUUUGAUAGUACCCUUCCUUGCAACUGAAGCUUGGAUAAAGUCUCUAAACUACCCCAUUAUCGAUGACUGGCGACAAUGGUGCGUUGAAGUUCAGGUUGCAGGAUAUACAAGGAAAUAUGCUCACCAAAUGACAUAUGCCACAGUGAAGGCAAGGAGACUACUCAUGGUUUUAACAUUGGGUGGUGGCCAUACUGCUCCUGAAUACCGGCCAGUAGAAUGCAAGGCCAUGUUCAAAAGGUGGAUAUCAAUAGACGCUUUGUAA